GUCGUAUGGUUAUCCUUUUUUCAAACUUUAUUUCAGUCACACAUCACUGAGUUUCACAUUAGAAGUUCCAUAGAAGUUUCAUGUGUUAAAUCCUUUGGUCUAUUUUUAAUAUUUUCCACACCCCCUCUAAAACCAACUACUACCGCACCACCCACUCUUAUACAUUAUAUAAGAAUGGAGCUCAUUCAAUGAAUCACACUCACAAUUAAGAAUCAUACUAUGGUUCAAGAGAAGAAGCUAGUCGAUGAAGUGUCCGGUUGGCUUAGAAUCUACGACGACGGUUCGGUGGACCGGACAUGGACCGGUCCACCCGAGGUCAAUUUCAUGAUUGAACCGGUUGCUCCCCAUGAGGAAUUCAUCGACGGAGUUGCCACACGUGACGUGACCAUGAGCACUACCACCAACGACAACUUCAUCCACCGGGCUCGAUUAUACCUACCGGAGAAAACGCCAACGGAAAAUGAGAAAUUGCCUAUACUUAUACACUUCCACGGAGGCGGUUUUUGUAUUACUGAACCGGAUUGUUUCAUGUACUAUAAGGUUUACACUCGGUUUGUUAAGUCUACUCGGUCUAUUUGUGUCUCCCCGUUUCUCAGACGAGCCCCGGAGCAUCGUCUUCCCGCUGCCAUUGAGGACGGGUUUGCGACGCUCCGAUGGCUUCAAUCUGUGGCCAGGGGAGACGCACAUGACCCGUGGCUUGAGAAACACGGCGACUUUGACAGAGUUUUUCUCAUAGGAGAUAGCUCCGGAGGAAAUUUAGUCCAUGAAGUGUCUGCUAGAGCAAGCUCAACCGAUCUGAGACCAGUUCGACUCGCGGGAGCGAUUCCCAUCCAUCCUGGAUAUGUCCGGUCGGAGCGAAGCCGAUCCGAAAAUGAAAUGCCACAAUCACCAUUUCUAACACUGGACAUGCUGGACAAAUUCUUGAGUUUGUCGUUACCAAUUGGGAGCAACAAAGACCAUCCCAUCACAUGCCCGAUGGGCGAGGCGGCGCCACCUCUUGCCGGCUUCAAACUGCCGCCAUUUCUUCUCUGCGUGGCUGAAAAAGACUUGUUGAGGGACCCACAAAUGGAGUACUAUGAAGCCAUGAAAAAGGAUAAUAAAGAAGUGGACCUGUUUGUGAGCAAGAACAUGACACAUAGUUUCUAUCUCAACAAAAUUGCUGUGGAUAUGGACCCCACUGUCAGUGCUGAACUGAAUGCACUCAUGGCUAGGGUUAAGGACUUUAUUGAGAAGCAUUAAAUUUUGAAAUUGUUUUUCUUGUUCAGGGUUUGUUUCUUAUGUGGUGCGGGUUGUUAUGUUUAGGUAUGAAUGUGCUGUAACCUUUUUUAUUUUAUUAAUAAACACCAAUUUGGAUCUA